AUGACCAAAGAGUUCAUCCUCCAAGAGUUCGAUGACACUUUUUCUUUGCUGUACAACGUCUCCCACACUGGGCCAGACGAAGCCAAGUUCUACGUUCCACUACAACGCAUAUCUCUCAAGCUCGAGAUCUAUGUCAACGACAACAGGUUGGACGCAACCAGCCAUUGUGUUGAACGUAUAAGGAACUCACUCUUGAGUUCAUUCUUUUGGAAACAACUCUUUUUCGAUGUUUCCCUGCUGGACGACUCGGAGAGCUCCUUGUGCCUUGAUCUCAAGUGCAAGUUAUUUGCCAACUCCCACAUCGAAUUCAAACACGCAGAAAACAUUGCCCACGUCGAGAAACUUCACCUCGUGUUCAAGUACUUUACGCGAUGUCCUCUGGUGUACUACACUUCUCUUUUCAACAACCUCCAGUACUGCCUCUCGUCGUUGAUGCUUGAUUUGGAGAAGGAACUCCCAUUUGUCUUUUCUUUCUACGGGAAGCAUCUUUACGAGAUUAAUUAUAACACCAUGCUCAGAUGCUACACGGAGCUCAAUACGCCGCUAGUUGGCUCAGGCAAGGCGGAUCAGGCCGAGAUGUUGCAGUUGGUGCUUGAGAAGUUGAACCACUUCAUGCUUACGAAGUACAAUACAAUCGAGGUGAUGAAGGAGUGUGAUAAAAGCUCGUAUCGGUUGCAGCAAUGUAAAAAAUCCAUUCACAGGCCUCGUUGCACGGAGGAUACGAGAAACUUGAGGAACAUCGCCUUGACAUAUAGAAUGCUUGCAGACGAGCCUGGGAGAGGUACGAGUGGUGGCUCGCAGGGAGUGUGA